UAUCUAUUUGUUCCUUUCGUAAAACUAUAGUCUAUAACCAUCUUCGUCUCGCAAUUACAUUUCACAACCUCUCUUCCCCGAGUUCUCCAAUUUACCAUCAUAACGCGCAAAAAAUAAUGACCAGUUCUUCUUCUGCUGUAGCUCGCAAGGCUCUCAGUAAGAUUGCCUGCAAUAGGCUUCAGAAGGAACUCGUCGAGUGGCAGGUUAAUCCUCCCACUGGUUUCAAACACAGAGUCACUGACAAUCUCCAGAGGUGGGUUGUUGAAGUGACUGGUGCUCCUGGGACACUUUAUGCCAAUGAAACCUAUCAGCUUCAAGUUGACUUUCCCGAGCAUUAUCCCAUGGAAGCUCCACAGGUCAUUUUUUUGCAUCCAGCUCCAUUGCAUCCCCAUAUCUACAGCAAUGGGCAUAUUUGUCUAGGACAAGGAGAUGGAAACGGAUCCUCUCAUUUAAAGUGGGAAAAGGGCUCUCAUUUUAAUUGGAUCUUCAUCAUUCAAGAAUGACCCCAAAAAAAUGUCAUUCAUGAAAGGCACACAGCAUAAAGCACCUUCAUUACCAUCAACCCAAAUGCCAUUUCCUUCUUCCUUUUAUGCAUCAGACUGUUAGAGCUUCAUGCGGUGUGAAUAGGUUUUGCUGUUUCAAUUUGUCUUUUGUAUUCCUAAGCUUGCUAAUGCACGAGGGAGAAGAAAAAGGACUCUUACUCCUCUAGUUUUAUUUAUAGGAUAGAAAGAGAAUGUUUGUUUCGUUCUUUUUUAUAAGACACCUCAAUGAUUAUUUUGUUCAUCUUUACUAUUUUGUCCUAUUAAAUAUAAGGAAGUUUAUUAAAUACUAGAGUAUUUUAUUUUAAAGUAGGUAUAUUUAAUAGGAGUAAAGUUAAAAACUUGCUGAAUUUUUAAACAGAGUUAUAAUGAGGUUAAGGUUUUCCUUGGUUUCAAUGAAAAUAAUGGAAGUGAUACAUAAAUAGGAUUAGAGGAGUAACUUUUAUCUACUCCACUCUUGAGAAAUUGAGAAAAGUGGAGUAGAUAAAAGUGUUAAUGGUGGUAUCAAGAGUGGAGUAGAUAAAAGUGUUAAUGGUGGUACCCUUCUUUUCUUUGUUAGCCAUGGAAAGAACUAGAUGAAAGUGUUUAGAAAUAGAGAAUUUGACAAACAAAGUUUAACAGUGAAAGUGACGUUUCAUUUAAUUCCAAACUCUAAUCUAUUGUUUUCUACUGUCUGGAGCAGUCUGCCUGCUAAAAGACGGAAGUUACAGCAUCCACAAGGGCUGUGUCAAAAAUUGUUAGCUUCCAAGUGCAUCGGGUGCUGUUUCACUCGCAAAGAUAAUCUAACUUACCUUAGACAUGUACAACAGCAAAGCAAUGGGAACCAAGAUAUUUUGGGGAAGUUGAAAUAGAAACCUUAGAUCUCAACAAUCCACCACUUGGGUGUUGGGAUUUUUCACUCACUGACACGAUCAAAUUAUGCUUUCUUUUGCACGGUUUUGAUCAUAGCCUUAUAUUCCCCAAAAAAACAAAAAAAAUCAGAGAGAGAGAGAGAGAGAGAAAUAAGAAGUAGAAACCUCAGAACGGUGACCCACUGGUGAGGGAGAAAAAAUACCCAAUUGGAAGAAGGUAAAGGAUAGCAAUCGUGUUGGUGAGAAUGAAAUGGAAACUAUAAAAAACGUGAUUGAAAAAGUAGUGAUUGAAAAAAGCUGCAUGUUACUGGCUCAUGAAGCUGCAUUGCGUGAGAACAAGACGGCCAUGGCAUUUUGGUUGGUUUAAACGAAAGUGCUUUCUCUUCUUGGGUGCCUUACAUUUUUUAUAUCAUUACAUUAUGCAGAUGAGAAUGUUACGAUGGAUGUGUGGACAUACACGUAAAGAUAAAAUUCGAAAUGAGCACGUACGCGAAAAAGUGAGGGUGGCACCUAUUGAGGAAAAAAUGAUAGAAAAUUGAUUGAGAUAGUUUAGGCAUGUACAAAGAAGACCAAGGGAGGCACCAGUGAGAAGAGUGGAACAUAUAACUUUGAGUCCGAUUAAGAGAGGUAGAGGAAGGCCUAAGAGAACACUCUUAGAAGUUAUUGAAUGCAAUCUCUUAAUUAAUAAUAUUCCUAAAAGCUUGAUAAAUGAUAGAGCACAAUGGCGUCUUGCAAUCCAUGUAGCCGACCCCACCUAGUGGGAUAAAGGCUUAUUGUUGUUUGUUUGUUGUUUACAUUAUGCAGAUGCUGGAGAUUCAACUAAAAUGAGAAUGCGUUUCCUGCUUAAAAAUGAAAGGAUUCAUUUUCCAAAGGAGAUAGCAAAACCAUGGUGUUACUGGGGAACAUUAAGAAGUUUUCACUGCGGUUUUUUCCAUUUUAGAACUUUUCUCUAUUAUUUUCUAGUCUGUUUUUCUUUUGUGCUUUUUCUGCUGGUUUUUAGUGACAUGAGUUUAUUAUGUUGUUUGCCCAUUUUAUUCUUUUCCCUAUUCAUUAUGAGAAGUAACCGUGUGUUUUGUUACUGUGAAAUGGUCAAACCUUUCUAUAAAUUCUAUGUAGAUGUUCAAAUAUGAGAUGUUGUCAUAUAGCUCUGUUUAGAGUUUGCUGAGUCUGAGGGGGGAAGGAAGGUUGGAAUGCAUUCUUUUCUCCACCAACUUAAAGUUUGUUGAUGAUCUUGAUCGGUUGGUCUAAUAUAUGAACGUGGCAGCAUAUUAGCAUAUCCGUAAAAUCUAUUUCAAAAUUCCUUUCUCUUCUUGAUGGGUUUAGUGUUGGGGGAGAGCAUUAGCUUUUGUUAAACCACCUGAUGACUUGUUCAGUUUGACAUAUGAAUGUGAAGUUUAGUUUUCAUCUCUCUUUUGGGAAAUUAUUGUUUGAAGUCCUUCAAUUUGACAUCAUUCUCAUUUCUAUGCUUAGUUCAUAACCAUACCGUGAUGAACUCCUGCCAAUUCUAGUCAUUCAUACUUCAUAGGCUGACAAAAAUAAAGCAGGAUUUCCUUGGUAGUUGAUAGUGGUGAGCUGACACUUAAUAUGCUUGAUGAACCUACACAGAUAUAUUGUAUGAUUCGUGGUCCCCUGCGAUGAC